ACCAUUCUUAUGGUGUAUAAUUUUAUAGAGUAUUAUAAUGUGUUUGUGGAGUCAUCAAAAUGACGAAAUUGGAUGAAUUUCUAGAGGCAAAUGCGUGUUUGAAAUAAUAAGGUAUAAUGUAUAGACAAAUUAGAAGUUGGAUGUACAAUAGGUAUGAUGAAAAUAGAGGUUAUCGGACAGAAUUUCUUGCCGGUGUUGCUGAAUUUCUCGCUUUUGCACUUGGACAAACACAAUAUAAGGAUGGUGAUAAAAUAAGAUGUCCUUGCAUUAAGUGUAAAAACCUUAAAUACCUUUCUUCUCAGAGUGUUGAAUGGCAUUUGUGGACGAGAGGCUUUGUUGACAAUUAUUAUAAUUGGACUUCUCAUGGCGAGCCAUUCGACCCAUCACUUUUACCACAAACAGUAGGUUCAUCUCGUCAUGUUCCUAAUGAAAUGGGUGAAUGGGGAGAUUAUGAUCAAAUGUCAUGGGGCCAUCAAAUGGUCUACGAUAUAUUUGGUGCUUCAACCUCGCAAUUUAACCAUAAUGUCGAGCCAUUGAAUAAUCCCCCCCAAAGCCAGAGCUCUAAUGUCCCACACGGCGAUGAGAAUCCAAGCUCUUAUGUUCCAUAUUAUGUUGAUGAAUUAGGAGAGAGAUUCCAAGAUGUCUUAAAAGCAGCCGAUCAACCUCUUUAUGCCGACUGUGAGGGUCACUCUCAACUAUCGGCAGUUACAGAGUUGUUAAACAUAAAAUCUGAAUAUAACCUUCCUGAAAAUUGCAUGUCUAGAUUGUUGCAGUCUGUCGGGGGGAUGUUACCGCGUGAUCAUAGUCUUCCCAGUACAUAUUAUGACAUGAAACGAUUAGUCUCUCAGUUGGGGCUUCCUGUUAUAGAAAUUGAUGCGUGUCCUUCUGGAUGCAUGUUGUAUUGGAAAGAUGAUGAGAUACUAGUCAACUGCAAGUUUUGUGGAAUGGAUAGAUACAAACCUCUUCCACAAACUCGCAAAAAACCGCGGUACAGGUCUGCACUGUCUAAAUUAUUUUACCUCCCUCUAGCUCCACGAUUGAAGCGAAUGUAUGCUUCAAACGCUACUGCAAAACACAUGACAUGGCAUGUGGAGCAUGAAACUAAAAAAGGAUUGAUGUGUCAUCCUUCAGAUGGGGAAGCUUGGAAACAUUUUGACCGUUGUCAUCCUCAAUUUGCAAUGGAGCCUCGUAAUGUUCGUCUGGGAUUAUGUUCAGACGGUUUUGCUCCAUAUGGGCAGUUUGGAAGCAAGUUUUCAUGUUGGCCUAUCAUGUUAACUCCGUAUAAUCUCCCGCCUGAUAUGUGCCUGAAGAGUCAUUUCAUAUUUUUGUCUUUAAUUUGUCCAGGCCCAAAAGAUCCGAAAAAGAGAAUAGACAUUUAUCUACAGCCUCUAAUCGAGGAGAUGAAAGAACUUUGGACUGUUGGGACACCAACAUAUGAUGUCUCUCGAGAUCAAAUGUUUAUUAUGAAAGCUGCCAUUAUAUGGACCAUUAGCGAUUUUCCAGCAUAUGGGAUGCUUUCCGGAUGGAGCACUGCUGGUCUUCUGGGAUGUCCAGUUUGUAUGGAAAAAUCUGGUGCAAUCUUUCUUAAGCAUAGUCGCAAACCAAGUUAUUUCGAUUGUCACCGCAAAUUUCUUCCGGCCAACCAUCGCUAUCGAAGAGAUAAGAAGUCAUUCUUAAAGGGAAGAACUGUACGUGACCCCCCACCCCCUAGGCUGUCCGGAGAUCAACUUUUGAAUCGUGUUCGACGUAUUCCUACAGCUAUGGAGUUGCCAAACCAAAAUCCUGAAGGUUUUUGCGUUACACAUAAGUGGACUAAAAGGAGUAUAUUCUGGGAGUUGCCUUAUUGGAAAGACCUUCUCAUUCGCCACAAUCUUGAUGUGAUGCAUAUUGAGAAGAAUGUAUUUGAUAAUAUCUUUAACACUGUCAUGGACUUCAAAAAAAAAACAAAGGAUGGUGUAAACUCAAGAAAGGAUAUUACAGUGUGGUGUGAUAGACCUGAACUUGGUGUUGAUCCUGAAUACCAAGGUAAAACAAUUCCAAAAGCAAUUUAUCAACUCACAAAGGAGCAACAAAUUUUAAUAUUAAUGUGGCUAGGGUCUCUCAAAUUCCCGGAUGGAUAUUGCUCCAAUUUGUCGAGGUGCAUAGACGCAGAAAAACUUGUCAUGAAGGGCAUGAAAAGUCAUGAUUGUCAUGUAAUCAUGCAAAGACUUCUUCCAAUUGCUUUAAGGGACAUGCUUCCCCCAAAUGUUUGGAAUUGUAUUACGGAAGUUAGUUUGUUGUUUCAAACAUUAUGUUCCACUGUUUUGGAGACUGAAGCGCUCAAAGAACUAGAGAAAAGUGUUCCCAUCCUAAUGUGCAAUUUGGAAAUGAUUAUGCCUCCAUCAUUCUUUGAUACAAUGGAACAUUUGCUAGUACAUCUCCCAUAUGAGGCCAUUAAUGCCGGUCCUGUCUUUUAUCGUUGGAUGUACCGCUUCGAGAGGUUUUUGAGAGACUUGAAAAAGAAAGUCACUAAUAAAGCACAUGUGGAGGCGUCGAUUUGCCAAGCUUAUCUGACUCAAGAAAUCUCCACAUUCUCAUCUUUUUAUUUUGAGCCCGGAGGUCAGCCCGGCGGUCAGCCCGGCGGUCAGCCCGGCGGUCAGCCCGGCGGUCUGCCCGGCAGUCAGCCCCACGGUCAACCCGGAAGUGAUUUUGAUCUCCGGGGAUAUUUUGCGGAUCACGAUCAUGAUGCUCAAUUAUAAUUGAGAUUUUUUUUAAUGUAUUCGAAUUUUUGUUACGGAAAUAUCCGUUGUAAAACAAUUUAAUUUUUUUUUAUGUUUUUGGAUUCUGGUCAGAGAUUUUUCCCUAACAAGUUUGAUAUAUUUGUGCGCACAUAAUAUAUAUAUAUAUAUUAACAUCAAUG